AUGGCCACGAACGGACGUACGAAGCGUUCUCAGUCGAUAUGUGCGCCGGCUUCCGCGAGUAUGGAGGCGCUCGCGGCGCCGAUGGAGACCACGCCGGCGCCGCGCCGUCGCCCCGCCACGCGUUCCCAGUCCGCCAGGAUCACCGGUGGCCGCUCCGUCCGCCAGCGACGACAGCAGCAGCAGCAGCAACUCGACCGGGAGACCAGAGCUCGCUAUAGCUCUGAACCUCGACUCGCCGAAACGGAAACUCCACCGCAAGUCCGCAGGCAGGCCUCCGCCCGCCGCCGCCCGCCUCCCGGCCAGCACAGCCAACCGCGACGCUCCAACGCCUUCCUCGACGUCCCUCGCAACACGCUCCAGCCUGACGAGGAACCAGACGAGGACUCCUACCGACUCCGCACCUUCAACAUCACCCAGAAAGGAGGCGCGCCGGCCCCGCGCGUGUGCCAGUCGCGGCGCGAUGAGUUUUCAAGUGUCGAUUCUGGAUUUCUGCGUAAGCGGAAGAUCGGGUCGGAGACGCAGAUCGAGAAACACGGUUAG